AUGACCACACCCAGUGAAGACCUUUCACGCAAGGAGGCAGAGGCCGAGGCCCCGCCCGUUACUGCUGCCCCCCAGCCGCCCCAGUUCCCUGAAGGAGGCCUCCAGGCGUGGCUCACCGUCUUGGGAGGGGCAUGUCUCCUGUUCACGACGUUCGGCGCCGUGCAGUCGUUUGGCGUAUACCAGGAGUACUAUGAGUUGACGUACCUCAAAGGGUACACGUCGUCGGACAUAUCGUGGAUAGGUUCCAUGCAGGUGUUCUUGUUGUUCGCCGGCGGUCUGCCCGCCGGCAAGCUCUUUGACGAGGGAUACUUUCACCACCUGAUUGGCUUCGGGUCGGUCCUUUACCUCUUCUCAAUCUUCAUGUUGUCGCUGGCAAAUGAGCAUAAAUAUUAUCAAAUCUUCCUGGCGCAAGGUGUCGGCAUGGGCCUCGCUAUGGGCUGUCUCUUCCUGCCCGCUGUCUCGAUCACGUCCCAUUACUUCCGCCGGAAAAGAACGGCGGCGAUGGGCGUCGUCCUUGCAGGGUCAUCGCUCGGCGCAGUCAUUUACCCUAUUAUGCUCAACAACCUGUUCACCAAGAUCGGUUUUGGCUGGGGCGUCCGUGCGGCGGCCUUCAUGGACAUGGGUCUUUUGGCGCUCGCGAACGUGAUUAUGAAGACGCGUCUACCCGCGCGCAAGGACCGUCCGAACAGCAAGCCCGUGGACGUCAAGUCUAUAUUGACGGACGGUCCAUACUGGAUGUGUGUCAUUAGUGCUGCCCUUGUCUUUUGGGGCCUUUUCUUCCCUUUCUUCUAUCUCCAGCUCUUCGCGGAGCUCCACGGACUGAGCCAGAAGAUGUCGUUCUACGCCAUCCCGAUCAUGAACGCAUCUUCGCUCUUCGGAAGGACGCUGCCUAACUUUCUGGCCGACGUCAUUGGUCCGUUCAAUGUUAUGAUUCCGUGCACCAUCAUUUCUGGUGGGAUCAUGUGGCUGAUUUUCUCUGCGACGACCGUCGGUGGGACGGUCGCGUUUGGGAUCCUGUACGGAUUCUUCUCAGGAGGAUUCAUCUCCAUUAUCACCCCCGCCGUUGCGUCUUUCUCUCAGGGCGUUGAAGAGAUUGGCAUGCGCAUCGGCUUUGCGUCUUUUGUGAUCGGCUUCGCGCUGCUCACGGGCACGCCGAUUGCGGGCGCUCUCGUGCAAAACGGCAAGACGUAUGUGUGGUACCGGCCGCUCAUCUUCGCGUCUGUCGUUGUGCUCGUUGGCGCGGCGUUCUCGAUCUAUUCGCGACACCUUCUCGCGAAGCGAAAGGGGACGAAAUACGUUUAA